AAAAAAACAAAAAAAAGGAAACCUACGAAAAGGUUCACUUCAUCUCAGCUAGUCAGCUAUUGCCAAUAUAAUUCUCGCCGCGCGCUCACCCUCCGAGCCAACCUCAGCGUCUCUUUGAUCAAAUGCCUGGCGCUUCUACUUCCGGUGGCCGCACAAACAUCCGAGUGGUGGUCGUCGGCGACCGCGCAACCGGCAAGUCCAGUCUCAUCGCGGCGGCCGCGUCCGAAUCCUUCCCGGAAGAUGUUCCGCCAGUCCUUCCUCCCACUCGCCUACCGGCAGAUCUCUAUCCUGAGAACGUUCCCGUUACAAUCAUUGAUACAUCAUCCAGUUUGGAGAGCAGGGGCAGGCUCGCUGAAGAAUUGAAGCGAGCGGAUUCAGUUGUACUAACCUAUGCGUGUGAUCAACCUUCCACCUUGAAUCGCUUAAGCACUUUCUGGCUUCACGAAUUUCGUCGUCUGGAGAUCAAAGCACCUGUUGUUAUUGUUGGAUGCAAGCUAGAUAAGCGAGAUGAGGAGCAUCAUAUGAAUCUAGAGCAGGUCAUGGCGCCUAUCAUGAAGCAGUUUCGGGAAAUUGAGACUUGUAUAGAAUGUUCUGCAGCUAAUUUGGUUCAGGUACCUGAAGUAAUCUAUUAUGCACAAAAAGCAGUACUUCAUCCAACAGCUCCUCUAUUUGAUCAUGAAGCACAGACUCUUAAACCUCGUUGUGUUAGGGCCUUAAAAAGGAUAUUUAGCCUUUGUGAUCAUGAUGAGGAUGGUGCUCUCAAUGAUGAAGAGCUGAAUGAGUUUCAGGUCAAAUGUUUCAAUGCAGCGCUCCAGCCAGCCGAAAUAGUAGGAGUUAAACGGGUAGUACAGGAGAAGCUACCAGCAGGUGUCAACGAUCUUGGACUUACUUUAACAGGGUUUCUUUUUCUUCAUGCUCUCUUUAUAGAAAAAGGUCGGCUUGAGACAACUUGGACAGUCUUAAGGAAAUUUGGGUAUAAUGAUGAAAUUAAACUGAGGGGUGAUUACUUGACUAUUCCAUUUAAAAAAGCCUCAGAUCAGAGCAUUGAAUUGACUAGUGAAGCUGUUGAGUUCUUGAAGGGAAUAUUUAGUACAUUUGAUGAUGAUAAAGAUGACGUGCUUAGAAAUUCUGAGAUUGAUGAUCUGUUUUCUACAGCACCAGAAAGUCCUUGGGAAGAAGCUCCCUACAAUGAGGCAGUUGAAAGAACUAUAUUGGGGGGCUUAUCACUUUCUGCAUUCUUGUCUGAGUGGGCGCUUAUGACAUCACUGGACCCAUCACAAAGUUUGGCCAACCUAACAUAUAUUGGGUAUAACUGUGAUGCAGCAUCUGCACUACGUGUUACUAGGCGGAGAUCGGUUGACUGUAAGAAGCAACAAUCAGAUAGGAAUGUUUACCAGUGCUUUGUUUUCGGACCUAAGCAAGCUGGAAAGUCCUCUUUAUUGAAAUCAUUUUUAGGAAGGCCCUUCUCUGAUGAGUAUGUACCUACAACUGAAGAGCGGUUUGUUGUCAAUGCUGUUGACUGUCCCGGGGGAAUUAAAAAAACCCUUAUACUUCGAGAGAUUCCAGAAGAUGGAAUAAAAAAAAUGUUAUCUACUAAGGAGUCUUUGGCAGCUUGUGACAUAGCAGUGUUUGUAUAUGAUAGCUCAGAUGAAUAUUCUCUAAAAAGAAGCUCUGAAUUGCUCAUGGAUGUAGCGAGGCAAGGGGAAGUUAGUGGCUUCAGUGUGCCAUGUCUUUUCAUUGCUGCAAAAGAUGACUUGGAUUCUUAUCCAAUGGCAAUAAAAGAUUCUGCAAAGAUAUGCCAAAAUUUUGGUAUUGAUUCGCCUAUUCAUCUGAGCGUGAAGGAGAGGGACCUGAAUAGUGUUUUCAGUCGAAUUGUAAAUGCAGCCGAACAUCCUCAUUCAAGUGUUCCUGAAACUGAAGUUGGACGCAACCAGAAACGAUACCGACAGCUUGUCAACCGCUCUCUAAUGUUUGCCUCAGUUGCGGCUGGUGUAGGUAUAGUUGGAUUGGCUGCAUAUCGCUCUUAUGCUGCAAGGAAGAACACCUAAGACACCAUUUUAUCAAUUUGUUAUCUGCUGGUCAUCAACAGAACAAGUCAAUAAUGUUGGUGCUAGUAGAAUUCUUACUCUUCAAUUGGUAAUUUGGUAAUCUUCUACGCAAUUCUCUGUUGUAAAUAAUUAUAGAUGUAAUACCAAUUUUGUAUUGUACAAUGUUAUUGUUUGAGUUUUCCAUCAUUUGCAAUGGAGUCAAAGAUUCACUAUUUUUUGACUUGAGAAUAUGAUGGACUAAAGCAAAAUGGCUCACUAAACUGUCUGCGCUUCUUUAUUCUUUAUUGUGAAGCAACCGUGAGUCCAUGUAUUUUUCAACGCGAUUUUCACUGUGGGUCAUUCGGAAACAAUCUCUCUGUGCUUUAUUACAGGAGUAAGACUGCGUACAUCCGACCCCCUUACCUCACUGUAGGUGGGAUCCUUUGCGGCACUGGGGUAAUAAUGAUGAAUGCUGAUGAAAAUGUUAUUGUUUGAGUUUUUAUUUACAUUUGAUACUUACCCCCCAUCUCUUUGGACUUUGCAAACUUUUGUUUUUUUAUUUGUCCAAAAUUGUCACUUUUCCUUUAAUUUGUGAUUUUGCUUAUUUCUCUCCUCUUCAUACUUCCCAAUCAUACAAUUUUUACCUUUCUUUUUCACACCUAGCACAAACUUGGUAAGGUCUUAUGAGAGGGAGGUAAUACUUUUUUCCAGUUGCUUUGCACUAGCAACUCUGUCCCCACUUUCGUAGAGAACAUUUUGGUUCCACAAGGAAUAAUUUGAACUGAAUGUUUAUGAUGAGAUGUGAAUCUUUCUGGUAUUAUUUGAAUCAAUAUGAAUUAUUUUGAUCCGC